AUGCUGCGGCUGUCAGUCAAGCGGUGUCGGCGGCAGCGGCGGAGGGGCGCCUUUGCCCGCAAGCAGGUCGAGGCACACACGCACCUGCCGUUGCGGACGCAAUACUGCGGGCUCACAGCGGGACGUCUUUGUGGCAGCGGCGGCAGCGGCGGCGGUGGCGACUGCUUUGUGAAUGAGGUAAUCCAGCAGAGCGCUGCACGCACAGAUCUGAACUGACAUCUUCUAUACGCACACACCCGCACGUCGCACGCAUGCGUAGAGGACUAUAUAUAUACACAUACGUAUAUGCAUAUAUGUGCACAUAUGACUGCAUGCAUUUCCACACGUUUACGGAUUUUAGUGGCUGCAACGUCUACGAAGAACGGGGAUAUUAAAGAAAACUGUUGGAUUGCAUAAUCCCGUCAGGUGAGUGCAAGUACUGUGACUUUCAACAGGCAGAGCCUGUCGCGGGACAUCAGACAGAAAUGUCUGACACCCUCGCGUUUGUUUAAAUCAACUAUUUUUGGCAGAAAAUCUAGAGGCUGUUCUGUGAAACAGGGAUAAAUAGGUCGAAUUCAAGAAGCUCCGUAAAAGAGACUAAAUUAAGCGAAACGACACAACAUAACGAAAAUGUCUCUUGACCACAUGAGUAACCUCUCCAUUUUUGAUGAUUCAAACUGCACACUUUCGCCCAGCCUACCUGUGACCUUAUGAUGGCGAUAUAAAGACGGUUUUUUAGCAGUAAACUUUUGUGAGAGAUGGAUUGCAGAGGUGGACUUGUUUGCCGGAACGCAAGAUGAUCUUUCGUCGUGCUCGGUCUUAAGGUUUCCGCAUGUCACGCUCUUGGCCGUCACACAUAUCUAUGCAUAUACCUCUCACAAGCUUAAGUCAUUAUAAUUAAAAAAAGGUUGCUAGUCUUUACCUAAAAAGAGUUCUUAUAGUCUUUCAGCCAUCACUGAAUGCGCUGAUACACCUAUUUAGUACGAGAUGACGCGCAUCUCGCGGACGCUAACAAUUUCCGACAGUCAGGUGUAAGAAAAAUCCCGACAAAUUCUUAGGCGAGAACACCUUUUGAGAGGUAAAUUUAUUUUUCAUAAGGCGUCUGUGAUUUUAUUUAUGAGGCAUAUCGAGUUCCAUCUAUAUUUCUAAUUUGGCUUAAAAUAACUGACCUGCAGCCGGCUAACAGCGAGUUUAUAGUGGAAGCCGACUUUUAUUUGCUUUUAAAACGUGAGUUUAGGAGAGAAGGUACAACUUUUAUGUAUUAAUUCCUUUCCCCUGAGUUUUAGACUUUUUUCCUCUUCUAGGCCACCCCAAAAGUUGGAAGUGGCUUUUUAGGAAUUACGCAAAAUGGUAUCGCCAUCGCUCAAAAUAUGUUCUGCCUCAGAAAGGUUUUUAAGAAAGACGUAAAAGAAUUUUUUAAAGCUGUAAUGAUCUGGUUGCAGUUGGCAAGGAUAGAACUUUGCAGAUUUUUUCCGUGCAGUACAAAUUAUGGAUCUACAAAUUUAUCAGUAAUGCACCAGGUGGGAAAUGAUUCUCUUCCGCGGCAACCGUAUAUUAACAAAUAAACGAAAAUUCUAAGUUGGUUUUUUGCUCUUUAAAUGUCUCAAGUCCUUACUACGCAUUCCCUCGUUUCUGGGAACACGUGUUACAAAGAUAAUCUUUAAAGAAAGUUUUUUUAAAAUAAUGUCUCUGGCGUAACGCCAGUCAGUCGUAAACGGCAGAAAUGCCGAAGCUUUUUGUUUGAGGGUCGUGGCCGCGUAAUUUCGUUUUCAAAAAUGAAUCCUGAAUAAUAAUUUCGACGGAAAUAAGUUGUCCACUUACAGUUUUUUUUGUAAAAAUCGACAUUUAGGGGUUAUUAAUUGCCAGACACUUGUUCCUUCUACUAAUAAGAUUCGUUUGCCAUAUAGGACGUUAAAAAUUCACAAGGCGUUAUUUUUGCGACCUUAAGUCAGUCAGGUUUUAGCAGGUAAAACGUCUCUGGGUUGAUGGGCGUACGAAGAUGCGUCAUUUUAGACCCAAUUAAUUAGAAAAAUGAGUAUCGCCAAUUUGUCUUUCUCCAGCAACGACAACAGCAACCAGAUCCCCGCAUUUUCGCCUUUUUCCACCAAAAAAUAUUUUUCCUGCCUUGGUUGAUUUCCGAAGAAAUUAAUCUGCAAACUUGGUUUAAAUCCUCCGGGACAGACGUUUUCAGGCUCGGUCUGAAAGUUUCUAUGAAUAUUUGAGCUGAAAUCCAUUAGCUACUGCGGAAUAAGUCGCCAAUAAUCAGUCAGUAGUAUAAAAUUAUGUAAUUAUUUACCGUGCUGAUAGCACAGGUACUAACUAAAAACCCAGACACGCGCGUUUCGUCGAGCUUGUGUCGUUGCCUGACGCAGCUGCGAAGGCUUCGGCUCAUCAGUGGGUCAACCAGCCUUCCCCUUGUGUUUUCUGGUGUAUGAACUCCAGUCUUCAUUCUACCCUGUGUAGAUUCCGGGGAAAUAAAUGUGCGAGCUUUAAGUAAGUCAUUCAGAGAAGACCUUUUCAGAGUACAUCCGAAAGUCGAUAUUUCCCGGCAAACUAAACAAGGCAAGAUGAAAACUGGAGUUCAUAUUCCAGAAAACGCACGGGGAACCCUGGAGUACCCACUGAUGGGCCGAACCCUCCGCAGCUGCGUCAAGCAGAAGAACAAGAGAAACACGCGUGUCUAGGCUUUUAGUUAGUGCCUGUGUUCUUACUCACUUGUACUUGGCACAGCUGCGAUCAUGCCCGAUCUAACCGGUCUCGACGAUGUCCAGAACUGUACCUGUCCACGCGUGACGAUCUGCGUCAGCGGAUCUGGACUGUUCAGUCCAUUCUCUUCGCCAACAACGGAGACCGAAUACGAAUACAGUAUCGUAAAUAAUUACGUACCUUUUUCCUUCAGACGGCCAGGUUUAUGUCUGAUAAAAAUCGCUUUGAGUAAGUUGAAAAGUGCGAACAGAGUAAAAGAAAGUUCACCGAUCGCUACGUCGACACAAACUUGCUAGUCUGAAUGCGAAACACACAGGUUCGGAGCAACAAGAAAAGCCAUUACCACUGUCGCCCUAACAUUAAAGAGACCACAGCUCACGUGGCCUUCUCUGUCCUCUAGAACAUGUUGGCCGCCUUUUCGCUUUCCGGCAGCAACCGUCGGCGCCUUCUUCAGCGAAUCCUUUGCCUCAGUCUUCAUCGGACUCUCGCACUCCUCCUGCUCCCCCUCAGCCCUCUUUCCAGCGGUUACUCCACGGCUCGCGGUCUCCGCCUGCAACCCAGCCACCACAACUCCACAUCCGACAACUCACUGCCAGGCCUCCAGCACAGCUGGUUGUACCAACAGUCUCUGCGGUAUCGAUCGGCUGGACAGGCCCAACGGACCAAUCACAGUUAUAAGGUCUUCUACCUACGAUACCUCACUGACACUGAUGUCAAAUGCAAUGACGGAACUCGGGCUGGGUAAGUGAUCGGUGUCUACUUCGCAAUUGCAUACUCCUCAAGUCUCUUUUGCCUACAGUAGGUGGGUUAACACAAAAAAUGUCAUCUGAAAUUCCAAAAUGCGUUUUCUUUUCGAAAAGAUUUAAUAAGUAGGGUUGUUAAACCAAUCAGCAUGCAACAUAGUUCUAUAAUAAUUCAGUUACCUCAGGAUGCCGGCUUUCGAACAAACGUCUUUCCGGCUGCAUACACAAAUUAUACUCUGUAAAAAAUGACUACUUUCGUAACAUGCAUUUGUCUCUUUGGUUUUCGAUGCCCCUAAAUGUCCAGUUAUAUUUCAUGGAAAAAAUGAAUAAAAAUAUCCAUUAUUUCGCUAAUUCUGAAGAACAUUACGUGUUUUUUACCCGUCUUUUUUACUCGAAUGAGGGACAUUAUCCGGUUUUAAAAAAGUUUCUAAUUGUGAGACUUUUUAAUACCGUGAAGUAGCCGUUCACAAAACGUCAUGUCUCUGCAUUUACCAAUGUAGUUUGUAAAGUUAACAACAUGGAUCAAAUCCAAUGCUAAAUUUGAUGAACCCCAUAUGGUCUCCUCUUACUGUCGUAGAGAAAUGUGUGGUUUUCCGUACGCAGAAAAUGCAUGGCUUGUAGUUUGAAAACCCUGAAUUCAAGUGCGACGGCAGAGGGAGUUCAAAUUAUUCGGGAAUUGGGAAAGUUUUAAAAACCGAAUAAUACCCUUCCUUCGAGUACAACAUUGAAAGAGGACGUAAUGUACUACCGAAUGAGCGGGAGAAUAAAAUACUGUUAUGCAUGUUUUCCAUGAAAUAUAAUUGGACUUUUAGAGGCUUCGAAAAUCAAUGAGAAAAAUGAAUGCUAAUUAGGUAGUCAUUGUUUACAGAGUAUAAUUUUUGCAUGCAUCUGGAAGGAAGUUCUUUCGAAGGCCGGCAUCCUGAGGUAACUGAAUAAUUAUAGAAUUAUACUGCAAACUGAUUAGUUUUACAACCCUACUUAAUUAAUAUUUUCUAAGCAAAAUCUCAUUUCGGAAUUUCGGUUGACAUCUCAUGGGUUAGCCCACCUACUGUACUUUCGAGAACGUCAUUAGACACACACGCACGUACCAGGGUGGCUGCAUACUGCAGCGAUAAGAUUCGAUGUCUGUCCCAUGAAGAGUUGAGUGAAAUUCUAAAAUAUUUUCUCGGUUCAAAAAGGUUACUUAAGUAGUGUCAUAAUAUAAAUUUUCGUGUUGCAUAGUCGUAGGAUAUUCCAGUCACAUCAAGAUGUCGGCUUAUGAAUGAGCUCCUUAUUAACCGCCCACACAAAUUAUAUUCCGUAAAGCUGACGACCCAAGUAUUACGAAUUUUUCACAUUGAUUUUCGACGCCUCCAUACAUUCAAAGGUAUUUUGUGGAAAACAUGCACAAAAGUGUUCUUUUUUACUCCUCUGGUAACAAAUUACGUCUUCUUCAAUUGUCAUCCUUUGAGGAAGAGCAUCUUUCGGUUUUCAAAGGCUUUCUCGGCGGCGAUAGGGUGAAGGACCUCAAUUAGCUGUCGGUAGACUGUGGAUCGCGUGCUGACGUAUGAACUUGCGAAAUCUAGUUAAGUGCCGAUGACUUGCAGUUGUACAAAAGAGCGGAAAAACGAAAAACAGAGAUCGACUAAACAUGAAUUGCGGGAUCACAGAAAUGUCUGCCAUAGUGAGUUGUUCAAUGGUCGGACAGCCACCCAAGAUGGAACGCCACGAAAUAUCCAGCCGGAUGUCGUAUCUGCAUACAUUCAUCCUUCUACUCGAGAUUGUCGUUUUUGCCGCCGACUGUCUUCUGUGUUUUCCGCCAGUUUAAUGCCCAGUGUGCUGCCCCACCCGUAAACUCACACCACCAGUCUCGCAAGACACGAUCCGCAGUAUACCUACAGCUAAUUGGGGUCAUCCACCCUACUGUUGUCGCUUUCUCAAUUUCUGAAUAAAUAUGAACCCGCCUGUCCUUAAACUUGCAUUCCGAGUUUCAGAGAUACAAGCUGUUUACUGUUCGUGCAAGGAAAGUCAUAUAUUUCUAUGUUUUUUAUGAAGAGGACUUACAGAGCUCAUAAACGCUCGUAAUGGACGAAGACCACGUUCUCCGAUUUAUAAGCAGCAUUACUAAAUGUGCUGAUGCGAUGAUGAUGAACGGCAGAGCAUGUCACGGUCUUAAAAAAAUUUAAUUGGAAACGGCUAGAUCGCAGUUGGUAGCCAGGAACGAGGAAGCGGACGGCGACCUCUACCCUAAUCCUAACCUUAACCCUAACCCUUACCGAAAUCGUAAACGUAACAUUAGCCCUUAGACAUAGCCCUAACUGUAAAACCAAACCGUAGUACUCAAACCUAAUCGUAAACUCAAACCUUAACCGUAAUCCGAAAACCCAAGCCUAAAGGGCAUAACCCUAACCCGAAAAUCGGACACCAUUAACCGGUACCCUAAUCCUAACCCCAAACGUAAAACGGAAGCCAAAUGGGUCAGAUGUGAUUAUGGGGCCCCACAAAGUAGCCCCAGUAAACUAACCCCCCGUCACCUUUAAUACGGGGCCUGGCUACCAACUGCGAUCUAGCCGGAAACUUUUUUAAAACCUGAAGGUACUCUUUCUUUUGUCAUAAAAUUUGAAGGAGACGUAACUGCCUGACAAAUGAGCAAAGGAAAGAGUAUUUUGCGCAGGUCUUCUGUAAGACGUACUUGAAUUUAUAAAGACGGCGAAAAUCAGUGAGGGAAAUUCAUACUUCUUGAGUUGGCGUUUUUACGGAACGUAAGAAACCCUUCUAAACUCCCGAAUAAUUUUAAGUCCGACUUGUCGUUAGACUUGCAUUCAGUGUUUCAGAGCUAUAAGCUCUAUACUUUUCGUGCAAGGAAAAUCAUCUAUUUCUAUGGUUUUUUUAUGAAGAGGACUUGCAGGGCUCAUAAACUUUCGUAAUGGACGUAUACCACGAUGACCACUUUACAAACCGCAUUAACAAAUGCGCUGCCGCGAUGCUGUACGAUUGCCCACUUCGCGGUCUUGAAAAAUCUUAUAAGUAGAAACGGCAGCGGUAUAGUGAAGGCACCCAUUUAACUGUUGGUAGAUUGUGCAUUGUGUCAUACGGGAAUGGCGGUAAUAAGGAUUUUACGGAUGGGGCAGCGCCCAGACAGUAAGCUGAUGGAAUGCAAGGAAACACAGAAAUUGUCUAGCUUCUACCGAAAGUCUUAUCGUACACUCACGCACGGCAACGGAAAUUAGCGCGUUAAUUAAAAAUGAACAUAAAGUAAAUUUUAAAAACAAAACGGAGUUUAAAUAAUGGUUUGAGGUCAUGGUAAAUAACUGUUGUUGGCAGUGUAGUGUCUGCAACGGCCUGCAAGUGGACGUCAAGACAAAAUCCCAUAUGACACGGUUCACAGUCUACCGACAGUUGAGUGGGGUCCUUCACCGUACUGUUGACGUAGAAACUUUUUAAAACCAAAAUGUACUCGUUCUUCAAUUUUGAAAUUUAUAGAAGACUUAAUUUGCUGCCAAAUGAGUAAAAGAAAGUAUAUCUUGCACUCGAGUUUAUAAUGGCACCGAAAAUCGAUGGUAAAAGUCCACACUACUUAAGUAGCCAUUUUUUCGGAAAUUGGUUUUCGAAGGCGAUUAAUAGGAAGCUCCUUCAAAGCUGGCAUCUGGACGUGACUGGAUUAUCUUGGGCUUAUGCUGACAGAUAAUAAAUAUUACAUGGUUACUUAAGUAACUUUUUCGAACGGAAAGUGCAUUUCAAAAUUUCAGUUAAUAUUCUAUGCGAUAGCACAUCUAUUGUACGUUUCGGCCCUCCAGUAAAAAUCUUAGCGAUUCAGAAGUGAUAAGUUGAUUGCUUAAAGUGCCGAUCGCCGAAGACUGCAGAAAACUUCACAGUUUGUCGGAUUCUUUCCAAACCAUCUGACACCGAGUGGUAAACAUACUUUAUCAUCCUGAUGGUUAAAGGUUGCACCGAAACACAGUCCCCUAGAGACAUUUGUAACGUAUUCGUUCUGCCAUAUAUGAAUCUCCUGCAGGCUGAGUUGGAAAGAACAGCAAAGGUUGAAUGAUGGACGUCGGUCUAUCUUAUCGCGCAUCCCUUUUUGGUCAACUCUCUUCAUCCCGCUUUAGCGGUUCUACAAAUCGUAUUUCUUAUAAAUUUUUGCAAUCCUGGGCUGAGCGGCUUCUCGGCAGAUAGCCACUCGACCAAACUCCCCUUUAGGGGAAACCCGUCCUGGCAAUUAACAAGUUUUCCGACCGGGAUUGUGAUUGAGAGAUGGUUUCCGGGUUUUAUGUCUCCGUAGUUAGUCGUCAGUCGUUCUGGUAAAGUUUUAGGCGAGGAGCAGGGAGGCAGAAAUGAUGACGCCGUGGUCUGGGGGUGGGAGGGGACAAAUGAAUGCCGUUAAAGUUGCAAGUUCGAGUGAAAGCCCCGACAAGAGGACAACUCGUAUGAGGACGGUGGCAGGUGCGUUGGCAGGCCUACUAUGCGGUGGACUUGCAUAGCAUCGUUUUCACUCUGCUCUGUUUUUUCUUACUCCAUUAGAAAGCCUAUGUGAGAACGGCACUGUGGUCUGAUUCAUGUUCCUGCCUUUCCUCCCGAAUGAAGUCUAAAUCCAUCCAAUCUCACAGAUUCAUAUGAGUAUAUGUAGCGUGAAGUUGUCGUUUAUCGAUCAGACCAGGUUAGAACACGCUCGCCCCGUUGUGCUUUUGAGCCCGUUGGUGGUUACUUAGCGGUCAGUAAUGGUGCCGGAACGAAUACCGGCAAAAGGAGACAGGGGGUGGCCCUUUCUGGAUUAUCAGCCAUCGUCAACUGACCUCAGGUUUGGAUAAACCCAGAUUCGAAUCCGAGAUCUUCAGGCACUAAGCGGUAAGCUCAACAAACUACCAUAAAACUACAGGCGUGUUAUCCUGUCGGUUGCGAGGAAUAAUAUUAAGUAACUUGAGAGGGUUAUUCACUAAGUGUCCCCAAAACAGGCCACGCGAUAGAUGCACUAGACCAACACGGGGGCUACAUCGGACUCUGGCAGGCGUGAUCGGGAAUGCUCACUCAUAGCGAUUGCCAACAUUCGGGGUGGGGUGGCAGACUCCGCUUCAGGCUCCCGUAGCGUCAAUUGGGAUCCCUGAUGCCCCCAUUGUUGUUGUUGGUUAAACUCCUGGUCAAAUAUUUGCUGUGGACCGGAGAGUGUGAUGGUACGUCUAGGUGCAGGCUUACGUAGUGCGAGGCAUCGGCGCGCUCUCUCUCUCUCUCUCUCUUAACUGCGGUUUUCUUGUAUAUCUCUUGAUAUUGGACCCAAGUGGGGGAGGAGGAGAGAGUGCAGUAUACGAAGUGCAAGUCUACUAUCACCAUAAAAUAAAUCACGCGCAAGUAACCGUGCCUGCUCUCAACCGGCUGUGGAACAGACGGUGGACAUCGUCGGCCACGACAGUCGAACGGUCGUGUGUCAUCUUGCCUCGGCAGAAAAGAGUACUGACAUCCAUACAGCGGAGCGAGAGAGUGCUGUUUUGUUUUUAACCAGACAGUAUUUUCAGUCAAAAAUACCUAAAUGUCAUUGGUCCACAUCAGCGAAAAGUGAAUCUGAAAUAUCCGUGGGGAGAAGCAAAACAUCGGCUCGAUUUCAAGAGUCAGCCAGUUACUCGCGAAUCCGACCAGCCACAGCUGACUCCCUUUCCGGAGUCCUGCCUUUCGGAUCAGGAAGUAUACAUUAGUCAUGCCAGCUCGAACAGUUUUGUCGAUUAUGAGAGACUUCACAAGAUGUCACUAGUCGGACACUUCCGACAUUCCGAUUCCGCCCACUCAAUUUGGUGAUCUGCGUUCACGCCCAGACAAAGGGUGUGAAAAGAAAACUCAGUUGAACUGUCAUCACACCGCCCGAAUCGAGUGUUUCGACGUUUGGCCGCUCACGCCGGCUACCUGUCAAAAGGACUGUUUACCGUCAGGCAGGAAAGCCAAGACCGCACUCCCCUAUUGCCGCAAAUCAGCCAAUCAGAACUCACGCAUGCCUACAACGCUGGGCUGCUCUUUUCGGCAGCCCUGUCAUCCUGUCAGCGGCAAGCUCUGACACUCAACGCCCCCGCCCCCCUCCUCCUCGCCGACAUCGCAAAGUAGCCUCAAGAGUCGGCUGUCUAUUUGGGAGCCCUUGUUAUUGUCUGCCCGACGCAGAUGAAAUCGCGUCGGCAAGCGGCACUGGUCCUGACUGAUUGACAGUUUACGUUUUCUCGCGCAGAUACUACCUUCGGCAUUCGAAGGACCCCAAUUCAAGAAAUUGGAUGAUCUAUCUGGAGGGCGGUUGGUACUGCUUCGACGAGGCAACCUGUCUGGCUCGACAGCUCACCAAUCAGGCCCUUUUCUCCUCCCGAACCUGGCAUAUGGUCAGAUACAGUGAGUUGUCUAUCAAGUUUACACGCAAAAACUUCCCUUAUUAGUGGGCGGUAUGCUGUCCUGGGACGAUCGGAUCAAUCCCAACUAUCAUCUCUUCAACACUGUGUAACAUCUUCAUUUGACCGUAAUCUGUCACUAUUAGGUAUGUCCCCUACUGUUCAAGUGACCUCUGGACUGGGAAAAAGCGUCGGACUACAAAUGGUAUGUUGAAGUGUUUUUGAGAAAUUGACGCUGACGUCCAUUCUAGGUUACUAUUUCCAUGGAUCUCGGAUAAUAACAGCUGUGAUUGAUGAGCUGUUGGCGCGUCGUGACUUCGCAGAGGCCAAGAAAGUGGUUAUUGCCGGUUCCAGGUACGUGACUUUGAGUGAAACACUUGAUUGCCUAUAGGGGGGGGGGACACUAAAGUAACCAAACCUGAAUUGAAAAGUCGUCUAGGCAUCCAGUCAGAUUAGUGUGUGAUCUGAGCUGAUUCAGAACUACCCGAUUGAUGUAGAAACAGCCAGCUUAAGUUCAGAGCCGAAAGUUAUAAACGGUAUCCAUUCAGUGGACAGUCUGCAGACCUUAUGAAGCAAGGUGAUCUCAGGGCUCCGUACAACUGGUACAUUCUGUCAGGAGCGUUGCCACUAAGAAACGCCUACAUAAACCUCAGAGAAUCAGGUAAGGGUUGGCGUAGGCUUGUGGAAAGGGUUAAGUCUAGGCUUGGAUUUUGUGGAAGGAGGAUUGAAACCUUUAAAAAGGCUAUUUUCCAUGAGGACGACCCAAUUCUGCUCUUCAUGAUGUACUGAAACUCGGUGAUAAAGGCCAGGCAACAAUUUAACAGAGCAUCCUGCAAUUUCAGUCUUUUGUUCUCCGCUAUUUCCUGUGUGCAUAGAAACUUGAACCGCAAACAAUUCAAACUUCAAAAGUUAGAUCAAGCUCCAGGAAGCAUGAAGAGGUGGGAAAUUGAACCAGGAUUUUUGUAUGCAUGUCAUUUCAUCCGAACGGUAGGAAUAAAGGAAGAAGUUGGGAGUCUGACGGUUCUCAGACAUUAUGGCAGUUUAUUACAAAAAAAAUCACUUUUAAAUAGGAUAAGUCUGCACAACAUGGGACAGGAACAGUUCCCACGAAUCUGUCAAAGACAUGGCAUUGAGGCCAAACCAAAGACGAUACUAUACUUCAUACAACUGAUAAAUUCUUUCAGGAGCGUUGCCAAUAAGAAACGCCUAUAGUAAACCUCAGAGAAUCAGGUACGGGUUGGUGUAGGCUUAAGGCAAGGGUUAAGAUCUAGGCUUGGUGUUUUGAGGGUUGAGACCUUUAAAAGGGCUAUUUUCCACGAGGAAGACACACUUCUGCUCUUCAUGAUGUACUGAAGCUCGGUGAUAAGGGCCAUGUAAUAAUUUAAUAGAGCUUCCUGCGAUUUUAGUCCUUUGUUCUCCGCUAUUUCCUGUGUGCCUAUGAACUUGAACCGCGAACAAUUCAAACUCCAAAAGUUAUAUCAAGCUCCAGGAAGCAUGAAGAGGUGGGAAAUUGAACCAGGAUUUUUGUAUGCAUGUCAUUUCAUCCGAACGGUAGGAAUAAAGGAAGACGUCGGGAGUCUGACGGUUCUCUGAAUCAGUCAGGCGAAUGAAACUUUGAGGAAAAAUUUCAUCUCCAAUUUCAGUGCAGGUGGAAUCGGCACUAUGAUGAAUCUGGAUAGACUGGCGCGUAAACUCAGGAAACGGUCACGUCACAGGGUUCAGGUCAGCGGAAUUGUCGAUUCUGCCUGGUUUCUCAACUACCCGACAUACAGCCAGCCCUCCUAUCUGACGAAUUGCACCAGCAUCUAUGACUGUUCACCGGAGGAAGGCAUCCACAGAGGAAUAGAGUAAGUGCCCCAACACGGGUUACUGUUUUAUUUUCAGUAAUACGUUUUUUAAAUGACAGGUUGAGAUUGACCGGCCAGCUACUUUGUAGGCUGUGGCAACCACGGAUACCUAGACGGUGUCGCGAAGCCGAGGGGAAGUCUAAGUUUUGGCGUUGCUACUUGGGUCCGGUACUCCACCAGCACAUUCUCAGUAAGUUGCAAAAUGUUCAGUGAGAAAUUAAAGUCAUUCUUCAGUAAGCAUUAUUGGGGAACGUAUGUGCAUAUCUAGCUGCUGUUUCAAGGCAAAGCUUGAUCAGGCUAAGCUAUUUUUAUGUACUUAAUUUGACCAUUUUACCUUACCUGUUACUUUGCGACAGUUUACAAGUAUCCGAAUAGGGAGUCAUGGUUAGCAUGUCCAUUUGUCAGUCAGAUUACACUAGCCAGUCUCACAAUCGCUGUUUGGUUAUCAGUCUCUAAGAAGGUCUAUGUAAGGGAUUUUCAAUGCGGUGAAUGCAUUCAAACCAACCACAAAAAGUUGCAGAUUGAUUUCAACUGACGGUUUGUUGUGAUAGCCGGAACUUCCGGCCUCCGCAUGAUAUGUAUAAGUCGUGAGUGGGCUGUGCUUCGGUUCAGUUCAGGACAUUUGCAGAUCGAAUGCAGGCGACAGAAAAUUAAAAAAAAAAUUUUGACGCCCCAUUGCCCGCAUCUUCGGGUUAGUUAAAGUCGUUUCAAGUGCUUCAGGUAAAUAGUACCUUGGGGGCGUCCGACAUUCAUUUGUAUUGAUUCCACCAGGACGUACGUUGAGCAAGACUCCUGGAGAAACUGCUACAACAGUCUGUGAGUUCAAGCACCUGCUAGUCUUCUCAGAUCUUGAACUUUGCUAACGAUUUUUGCACAUUUAUGCGACUGAAUAAACCAACAGGUAUAUGACUGUACGCGUGAAUUUACGCAGGGGUAAAGGUACCAAAAUGGGCUUUUGCGGGGUCUAAAUGUGCUACUAACAAAAACAAAGUAGUCCGUUACGGCAAUUUUACAGCUGUUGUUCAGCUAUACCACAGGGCUAGACUGCGGCGACCUCAGAUUUGAACCUUGAUAUAAUGGGUCGCUGAACUGAGCAUUAUGCCUUCUGGACCAAAAGUUCACGACCUGCUAACUAUAAUUUGGAAUACCGAAGGCCAAACGUGAGUGCUGAUUGCUAAAAUCGGCGGAUGUUAUAACGGCUAACUGUCAUUCAUGGAUCCUAUGCAAAAGCAGAGCCACCGCAUACCGUUUUAAAAUCAGGCGAAAUCCAUGAACGCUGUUUAAAGGUGGAUUUUGGAACACUCAUCCUUCCUUGUGGCAAGUUGAUCAGAGACGAUUAAAAAUCGCAUCCAAGAACUGGAAAAAUUCAUCAGCCUGUUUCUUUUUCUCCACAUGUUUCCGGCGUUCAACUUAUUUUUUUCCUUUAGCUCCAACCUUCAUCAUACAAAGCUUGUUUGACGAGGCUCAACUCCAGAUGAACCGAGCACUCCUCCUGACCGGUGGGUCCUACACCAAGUUCGCCUACAUCCAGCGUCUCGGCCAGGAAGUCGCCAAAAGCCUCUCAGUAGCCAGGUCGGUCCCCGAAACGAGAGCUGUUUUUUCUAUUGUGCACCAGAAACAGCUGUCUGACAGCCUCCAAGAUUGAAUAGAGCGUGAGAGAGUGGCGGCGUGGGAGAGGCAGACACUGGGGGAUCAACCCUCCACGUAAAUCACCACAAUCCUUAUUUUACUAAGUCUCACCCGCCUUAGUAUAUCUGGACACGGUAUCAGUCGUGGAUUGGAAGACUGUUGGUUUGAGGGGGGAAGAAAUAACGUGAUUGUUCUCACAACCAAGAGUCGGUCCACAAUUACUUCUCCUCAAAAUGACUUCUUCGGCACUCUCACGCAUGUGAAGUUCGGGACGCCCUACACAGAAGAAUGUUGUAUAUCGGACGGGGACCAGAUCGUGCGUGUGGCACGCGCAGACGGACAGUUUAGUUUUGUUGGGCAUUACGUCCGCGUCCACCAUAAGUCGUCUUGAAUCUGUCUUGCCAUUGGAGCAAGGUGGGUGCAGGAGGAGAGAGUGUGGUAGAUGCUGCGCAAGUCACCGGUGCUAAGACCAUUCUGGGGGACAUGGGAUGGACGUCGUCACUUUCGGCGGCUGAGAUGUCACAGAUGAGAAACCAACAUGAAAGAGAUCCGACAGUAAAAUUACGUUUUAUUCUAGAUCCAAACCAAACGAACUUCUGUCCAGGACUUGAUUAGGUUAGAUGAUACUUGGUAGCCCUCCUGACACCGCAAACACCCAGCUGCGUGUCAAUCGGGACCGGUGGUAAUGAGGGCUAUGCGGGUGGGACAAUGGAGUGGACGGGUAAAUGGCGAGUGUAGUGUAUGCUAGGAAUUGACGCUCCUGGUAAAGUGGAAGCCUAAUUUAGAUUAGGUGAAAAAUACAAGGAAGGUAUGGAAAUGAGCAAGGAGACUUUGAACGGUGCGCGGAAUAAAUGCAUCCUAGCCUCAGAUUGGAAAGAAUAGCAAGUGAAGGCGAACAACCGAUGGGAAGAAGGCAACUGGUCUGAAGGUCAUUCCGCAGUGUGUGCGAUAGAACUCCAGCCAACAUAAUGGACAGAAGAACACGAGAGUCAAGCAGCGGCACGCGGGACGCCACAACGCAAACAGGGUAAGACCUUUUAUGCGAAAAAUUGGUUUGGGCGGAAGAGAAAAUCCGCAAAUAAUGAGGCAGUUGAAAGCUACCUCUGCUAAUGAAAGUUGAUAAAGGGUAAGCCUCAUUGUCAUCGUUACCGGUGCCAAUCCGCCCAAGAUAGUACCUCUACAAUGAAUGGGGCGGUCAAAAGCUGCCUCUUCUUCUGAAAGUUGAUGUAGGGAAGGCCUCAUUGUCAUCGUUACCGGUGCCAAUCCGCCCAAGAUAGUACCUCUACAAUGAAUGGGGCGGUCAAAAGCUGCCUCUUCUUCUGAAAGUUGAUGUAGGGAAGGCCUCAUUGUCAUCGUUACCGGUGCCAAUCCGCCCAGGAUAGUACCUCCACAAUGAAUCUGGUACAGGUAAUACAGCGCGCGCGUAAAUUUAGAAGCAUAAUGAGAACGUAAUCAUAGCUACUGAAAUCAAUCCAGUAGGUACCAUUGCGGAUUCUGUGGGCAGGACUGCCAACUACCUCUUCUAAUGAAAGUUGAUAAAGGGUAAGCCUCAUUGUCAUCGUUACCGGUGCAAAUCUGCCCAGGAUAGCACCUCUAAAAUGAAUCUGACACAGGUAAUACAGCGUACGCGUGAACUUAGAAGCAUAAUGAGAACGCAAUCACUGCUACUGAAAUCGAGCCGGUAGGUACCAUUGUGGAGUCUGUGGGCACGGCUACCAAUUAUCAUCUUACCCUUGAUUACUAUCUGUUAGUCGGACUGAAUCUUCGUUCAGUGUCCUGAUUUAUAGUUCUGAUGACAUUCAGUAUGGUGGAUUCGUGCUGUGGAUGAGCGGUCUAUCAAACAGUCGCCGUCCCUUGUACUUAGCGACUAACGCGCAAGAGAAGCCCAUCCAAAUGCAGGUCGGGGCGUCAGGGCUUGACGGCAGACUCGUUGCACCAUCCGGCGAGGACAUGCAGGCGAGGGCGCUUUUGCGCCCGACCGACUCCGUGAUAUUUUUUAAAAAUGCUGUCAGAGAGAGGAGACAAAUCAAAGAACGAGAUAUACGCAAUCAGCUCUCUCAUGUAGGCAAUAUCUUCCAAGUUCACAGACAAUGGGUCAUACGAAUGUGGAAUUGUACGCAAAAAUAUGGAUCCCUGUACUAUAGGUGACCUUGCGUCAAAUCCGAUGAGGCUGUCCUACUUCCGUGUCAUAAUUUCAGCCUUAACUGUGCACUAACCCUUGCUUUCCUACCCGUAGUGCCAAUCUCGACGAAUCCAUAGGAAUCUGGGUGACCACCUGUUAAAAGGCAACCCGAAUUUCUCGAACCCUAUUCAAUGGACUAUUAAAACGACUAUAAAUACACUACUGACACUGUUUCAACAGAUCAUUUUGUGUAAAUUAACCUUAACCCAGAUGAAAAUUCCACAGUGCGAAUGCAGGGAACGUCUUUUUCGUUGUUAUUCCGCGAAUGCCACACCUUUUUAACACUUGUGCUGCAUCACUGGUUCUAUGAAUUUUGCAAACUAAAACUAGAUGUACAGAUUUUUGCCGCUUAAAUACUCUUCAUGCAUAGCCGUGCAGUUUAAAUGGAAGGUUUAAGGGCUUCAGUCAUUUACUUCCAAUAUACUGACUGACAUGGGCGAUUCAGAUCUCACAUGGGUGCAACCUAGAUGGGCAAGACAUGUGUGGAGUGCACACAGCAUCCUUGCCGGCGUCAAAAACACGAGGGAAUGGCAAUUUAAAUAGGUUUGCGGAUGUGCUAAGCUGCAGUUUGGCAUGCUUAUGAGGGGACCUGACAAAAAGCCACAAUUACAGGAAGACAAUUUCAUGAAGAGAGGGUGGAUAAUAAUAUCCAGUUGUAUUUGGUAAGUCCAUCUUAUUGUAAGAACUCCGGCCCCAUACAGUACCGUUCAUUCAACGCAAGGCUUGAGUACUUAUAUAAACCACCGGUGAGUGAGAAGCGUUAAAGACCUCGGGCUGGCAUAAACAAUCGUAAUCAGAAGCACUUAAGACCCUAACUGUGUCACAUUAUAUUACUCAGAACUACAGAAAAACAACAGGAAAUGGCAGUCAGCUAUUUCUCUGUAUUGACUACUUUUCGUAGUUUGAGACUUGAUCAGGCAAUUCCGAAUUUCUGCGGAGAAUUAAGUUAAUUUGGAUUCACUGAAAGCCUGUCCCAGAAAAUUCUCGUAACAGCUUUAAUAGGCUGCCAGUCAUUUAAAAGCAGACUCCACAACCUCUGACAGGCCUUCAGUCGGCUUUACUGCAUAUGAAAAUGUCAGUUUUUUAGUGAUCGAUUGCGCCUUUUGUUUGUAAGGUCCUGCCACUCUCGAAUUGUUGAGGAAGAUGGGUGUCUGUGAAAUAAACGUCUUAAUAAAAGAACUACCGGCGUCGUUUUCAGUAGUGACUUUUUAUCCUGAUUUACUUUUAGAGGAGUGUUUGCGCCGGCCUGCUCGGAUCACGAAAUACUCACCACGAAGCAAGUUUUUUGUACAUUUUGCAUAUUCUUGCUUUCCCUGCUUUCCUUGUAUUUAUGCCUUCCCUUUAUAAUUUGUUCUUUGCAAAGUUAAUUUGCGGUUCACGCCAACUUACUUUUCUCAUUUCAGUCAUUGGUCCCAGAUGACAAUCGAGUCGCAGAGCUUGCAUGAAACUCUACAGGAAUGGGACGCUCAACUGGAACGGUAGGCUAACAUUUAUUGUGUUGGCGGUUCGAAAUUCGCAUUAACUUGAGACGAAUAAUAUUCCACUUCUCGAAAUGGCGGUCAAUUUCAUGGGGAGAUAGCAGUCAUCUUACUUAUUGAAUGUCCGGACUGUCAUUCAUGAAAUAAGUUCAUCCACACCAGUGGUACCGCACAAACUCAUCACUCGUUUGCAUUGAGGGUACGAUCACACUGUUAUUGGAUCGUUGACGAGUCAAUAAUCGAGCAGGACUUGUUAUACCGGUUCGGCUUCUCAGCAAAAUCUUAAAAUUUAUGCCAAUUUUCCAAAUAAUGGUUUCUUACGGCCCUGGUAGUGCUCAUGAUUUUCAUUACAAGGAUUGGCACAAUGAUGUUUUCAGGUUUGAAACUAUAGAAUUAUUCCAUUUGACUGGAAAUUCAAAAAGGAAGUUUUAGAGGGUCGGUCUUUGUCCAAAAGUCUGUGAAAGUAAACUGCCAUUUUUUGAUAAAGACAGAGUGAGCACUGCUUUCAUCUGAUAUGAACCAACUGUGGAAAUCAUAAAUUCCGCCAUUUAGAGGAUUAGAAAACCGUCCAGUUGUUUUCGCUUUGUUUUGAAUUUCACCGAGCUGUUCGGAGAGGAUAAAAUCGGGGAGGAGUCACUUACGUGCUUUGUCUAAUUGAAACGUUCUAAUUGAAGAGCCCUUCCCAGAACACCUAUUAAGUACAUGAUCCUGAUAGUCAUCAGGUGGAGUCUAGAUUGAUUAUUUAAGAAAUCCUGCCUUGGGCAGUCAACUUACUGUAUCAGAACUGGUGAAUUCCAUGCCCUGCGACGGGCUGGGCGAGUAACUUGACCCACGUUUGAUUAAACUCGCAGCACUCAAAGGGGCCGCGUAAUCCAGGUCGAUAGAGCGUAGCUAUCAUGGGUUCGAAUCCCACCCAGGUCGACGAGUUUUUCACAGUUGGGUCAAAACAACUGUUUGGAUUCAUUCAAGGGCAGCACCAAUGUGAAGGUCCGCAAAAGAUACAGUAGGUAGGCUAACUCAUGAAAUCUCAACCGAAAUUCCGAAAUGCGUUUCCUUCCCGAAAAGAUUAAUUAAGUAGGGGUGUAAAACUAGUCAACCUGCAACACAAUUCUUUAAUAUUUCAAUUAUCUCAGGAUACUGGCUUUCAAGUGAAAUUCCUUUAGGCUGCAUUCAAAAACUACACUCUGUAAAAAGUGACUGCUCAAGUAGCAUGAAUUUUUCUCAUUGAUGUUCGAUGCCCCUAAAAGUCCAAUUAUAUUUCAUGGAAAAAUGCACAAAAAAUAUCCACUCUUUUGCUCAUUCGGUAGAAAUUUCUUCUUCUUCUUCUUCUUCUUCUUCUAGUUUUGUACUCGAAGGAGGGACAUAAUUCAGUUUUAAAAGUUUAUAAUUGUGGGACUAUUAAAUACCGUGAAAUGGCCAUUCAUAAAUCGUCAUGUCUCCGCAUUUACCAAUGUGGCUUGUAAAGUUAACAAUAUGGAUCAAAUCCACUGCUUAAUUUUAUGAACCCUAUAUGAUCUCCCUUUAUUACUGUAGAGAAAUAUGUGGUUUUCCGUACGCGGAAAAUAUACGGCUUGCAGUUUGGAAACCCUGAAUGCAAGAGUGACGGCAGAGUGGGUUCAAAAUUAUUCGGGAAUUGGAAAACUUUUUUUAAAACUGGAUUAUGUUCCACCUUCGAGUAUUAAAGUAGAGGAAGACGUAAUUAUCUACCGAAUGAUCAAAAGAAUGAAUAUAUCCAUGCAUGUUUCCCAUGAAAUAUAAUUGAACUUUUAGGGACAUCGAAGAUCCAUGAGAAAAGUGCAUGCUGCUUAGGCAGUCAUUUUUUACUGAGUAUAGAUUUUGCGUGCAGCCGGAAAGAAGUCUCUUCGAAAGAAGGCAUCCUGAGGUAACUGAAUUAUUAUAGAAUUACGCUGCACGAUUAUUGGUUUUACAACCGCACUUAUUUAAUCUUUUCGAAACGAAAACGCGCUUCGGAAUUUCGGUUGACAUUUCAUGAGGUAGCUCAUCUACUGAACUUGCACUUGAAUUUCCCACUAAAGGUGAUAAUGCCCAAAACGCAAGCCACAGAAAGCAUUCAUGAAGAUUUACUUUGCGCUAACGCAUGAUCUGUGUGUCAGGACAUCAGGCAGCCGUGAUCCUGCCGAUAUCCACGCUUCGUUUCAGGCGAGGCGGUGUUAAUAUCAGUUGCCGCAGCAUGUCCACAGUACGUGUCGGGCCUCAAAGUUCGCCCACUAAGAUGAAUUUUCGGCAUUGCCAAAAUGGAGGCCUCAUCCUUGAGAUCCACCAGUUGGUCUGAGAACUAGCAGAUGAAAAGGAGAUGUAAAUUACAAUUAAUAUGAAAUAAUCCCCCACGAGCUCUACCCUAACUACUUCAAUGUUUGCGUGCUGAUAGUUAUUUAUGACGACUUGAGAGGGCUUCAAGGGUCACAACUGUAGCUGAAUGGCAGUUUGGAGAUCACUAGCCUCAGGUUAGAAAGCGGCUUUUGCUGCCGUAUCCGGCUAUAAUCCCAAGAAAUACAACGGGGUACCCCACAAACUAGAUUUAUUUAUUUAAUUUUGUUAUUUGAGAUAGCAUCUCAAAAACAGUAAUUCCCUUGAAAAUAUUGUUCAUUAGAUGAUGCACACUUGUCCCAAUGGGAUUUCUACGGGUCGAACCGUUUUUUAUAUUUUUCUGAACUAAUACUGAUAAGUGCCUCCAGGGAUUUUUCCAUAACCUCUUCUUUCUGAAAGCGCUUUCCAUCAAAGUUUCUCUUCACUCUUGGAAAUAAGUUGGGCGAGUUGGGGAGGAGGGGGGGGGUGAGAAAUUGUUGUUUGAACGCUGCGUAGGCAGGCACGUUUUUUUUCUCACUGUCUCGCGAAAUCGCGUCAGCACCUGCCGAUAUUAACGUUGGUCCAUGAGAACAAAUUCAACGUGAACGGAUCCUCGGAUGCCGAAAAAACAGACCAUCAUGGACUUCAAAUUUGACUUCAUAUACCGUUCAAAAAGUCGCUGAGAGAGCCUUGAGAGGCGGCUUAAUAAACUAAUCACUCUGUCCGCUGCGAUGGUCUCUCACGAAGGCUACUUGACCAGCUGAGCAGGAAGAGUGUCUAGUCAGCUUCCGUAGGGGGAGAGGGAAGUAUGACCAGUCCACAAAAAAUUAUUUUCGAUUUUUUUGGGUUGUACACUCGGAUACCUGCGGUCAGAAAAUAAGGGAUGUCGAUACAAGCGAUGAUGCGAGAUCCGGGAACUAGCUGAUGGGAAGUAGAAGCGAUCACUCGAACAAGGGCUUUAUUCGCCUGACGCUUCAGAUUCUCACUUGAGCUCCUCACCAGAGACAGUGACAGAAACGGCAAGAAACAUCUGGAGUCGUUUACCGGAUCUGGUGCAGUUGCGAGCAAAGCAACUACGUCGUCGAAACUGGGAGACUGUGUGGCAAUUUUCGUCUCCUUGCUCUCCGCCUUUGUCACGCUGCCUUUCUGUCCGCCUUACACUCCUUGUCGAUACGCUGUUGGGACACGCGAGGCUUGUCAGUAGCCUCGCGAGUGCUCCCACCUCUGAUUGACUGGCGGACGCGGAAACAACGAAAGGCGCUCACACGCGCUGGGUCUCAGCACCUCGAAGCCGGACACAGACAACAACUUGCCUGGAGAAUGCGGUCGCGGCGACUGCCCACAGAGCCUCUGUGUACGCACUUCCAAAACAGUAAAGGUUGUCCAACUCACUCCGUUUUCCCUGACUUAUGAUUGGGAAUCCUUGUCUUGUGGCCCACAUAACCUUCGACAACUGCUCCGGACGCGAAUUUCCGAACACGCGGCAGCGGUACGGAGAAAUGACGCCAACUCUCAGGUUGCGGCUCAUUCGGCGAGACCCGGCAACACAUCCAAGUUCGAUGAGGCCAAAAAUCUUGCCAGAGGUGAUAGUCGCGUGAGCCGCGAGUUACUUCAGCCAUGGUUCAGGGGGCCUCAGUCUACCAAAAAGUACAACGACAUCCCCACUCCAUAUUCCGUGCUGAGGCAUAGGCUGGCCCAAGUAAUUGACCACUCGGGGAGCGCGCAAGCCGGUGAGCCAGAUGGCCGAGCAAUCAUCACGCCAGCAUCCAACACGGGUGAUGAGAUUUCAGCAAUUAACAACUUCCAUGCCGGCCGUCAAGAUAUUAGUGCACCAGUGGGCAGCAAUUCUUGAUGAGGGGGAGAGUGGUUAAUUACCACAGCAUAGCGAUUGCAUCUUAUACAUACUGCAACAUCCUGUGCACGAGUCAUCCUUUUCUGCCACCGUUUCUGAUGAUGGGUCCAAGUGAGAAUCCGAAACGUCAAGAGAAUAAAGCCCUUGUUUCAGUGAUCGCUUCUACUUCUUAUCAACAAGAGAUGCGCGCUCACGCACACAGCACAAAUGUCCCUCCCCCCACAGACGAGGUCCAACUGAUGGGUGGGCAGGACAGUCGAACAGAAAUUUCAUCACUGUCUUGCCAACGGCUGUUCUCGGUCGAUGUAGAUAAAGUCCUAACUCGCACCGGACUGGUGCCCGACAUCCGUUUACUCCCACCGAGAGUAGCGGGUGAUGAGGACGAAGGGGGUGGUGAUGGUGAUAAUUUCGACUCUGGGAUGCGGCCGACUCAUCAGCUAGAUCCGAUCAGUGAAGCAUCUGCGCAGUGGUUUUAAAUGCACAUCUUUGUAUUUUCGGUCGCAGGUGUCGGUCAGAGGCAUGCAGAAGUUGGGGACGGCAGCUGCUAAAGACUUCCUGCCGUAAACAUUGGCUGGAACGAAAUUUCGAGGAUUUUAACCAAGAACGCAGCUGGGUGCAAUGCAGCCAUUUUACCUCUCAUCAACAGUAUUGAAAGAAGCUCAAAUGUGAAUUAAGUAACGCUUCCAAUCAAGUAAAAUUAACCUUGAUUUUUUGCUUCAAAAAAUUAAACAGUAUGUUUAAUACAAAAGGAUCAUAGACUAAGUCUUUUAUUCUACUGCAAAGGAGAACCAGACCUACUCUUACAUAAAAGGGCUCCCAUAUUUACUUCAUGUAGAUGCAACUCUCAGCCAAGUUGACAACGGGAACUCGCUUCACCCGCAAAAUCCUCAUCACCACCAUUCCCGUAGGGCACGGUCCACAGUCUACCGACAGUUAAGUGAGGUCCUUCAACCUACCGUUUCCAUAAUAUCUGCAAUGGCCCGUAGAUCGAUACCAAGGUACAACCCACUUAACUGUUGAUAGACUAUGGAUCGUGUCAUAAGGGGUUGUAUCUCGACAUCCAUUUGCAGGUCGUUGCAGACAUUACAAUGCCGACAACAACUACUUCCCACUACCUUAAACCAUCAGUCAAACUCCGUCGUUUUAUGAGAUUUGCUUUUCGCGUAUUUUUUUAAAUUAACGCUUUCAUUUCCACUGCCAUACGAAAGCGUGUUUUCUUGGAUUUGGUCAACUCAUUGUCUGGCGUGCUGCCUCAUCUGGAAACCCCUCAUCACCAAAAUGUCCGUAACAAACGGUCCACAGUCUACCGACAGUUAAGUGGAGUCCUUCACCCCAUCGUCGCCUGAGCCUAUUCCAGGGUGUAACAUUUUUUAGCCUGCAUCGAAGAAGGAAGUAGUUACAACUUAAUGCAGUUAUACACCAUCGUAACUUUGUUCACUGUGGUUUUCUCACCUCCUUUAAUUUCUGCAGUCAACAACAAAGACCCCUGUAUCCUCAGGCACCCAUCUGGCGCAGGAGAAAUCGUAACCGGUCGGAGAGUCGCCUCGUCUACAACAGUUCCAUGCUCUUUCUCUCCAAACUGGUGGCUGUGUUGAACAAACCCAAGGUAGAUGGUACUCAAAUGCGCGGAGGUCAGUAUGCACGAGUGUCAAGGGACCUCAACGGCCUCGGAGACAGGAACCAGAGCAACGUCAGCGACCACUACCACGCCCCCUGGCAGCAAACUCGACCAGUUAAGCCCUUCAUCCGUACCUCCUCCUCCUCACCGACUCCGAGACCUACCGUCCGCCUGAUCGAUAAGUGCUCCCUCGAAAGCGGUCCGGACGCUGAGGGGCAAAAUACGGUGUCGAAGAGCGUUGGCACCGCCGACACAUGCAGGGGACGCGCCAUGGUGACUCCAAUGUGCAACCCGUCUUGUCGAUCGUUAACUCACCCCCGCACCAUGGAGAAGUUGAACAUCGUGUCCCUGCUGGAGCUCUAUGGAGUGGACACCUUCCAGCUGGCCGCCAAUGCCGGCUUCUCUGUGCGUGAGCUGAAGAGCCUGCCGGUGAAGGAACAGAUGAGGGCUAUUUACUGUCCGAAGGCCCGCCGGUAG